AUGGAUACUCCCAUGAAAUCUUCGAUAAAUGAACCUUCACCCUCAAUUCAACCACUUCUUGCCGAAGCUCUCGUGCUAGUGGUUGGCGCAGGGCCUAUCGGACUGCUUGUGGCUUAUCAGCUAGCAAAGCGUGGGAUUUCUACCAUCCUGAUUGAGCGCAACCAUGAAACGACAAGAUGGCCAAAGAUGGAUAUCACAAAUGCGCGUUCAAUGGAGCUAUUGAAUCAUAUUGGACUCGCCGACGGUCUGAGAAAAUUAGGUUCGCUAACUAAAAUGAUCCCCCAUACUGGAAUAUAUCUAAUUCAGUUCCACCAGGCGUCGACGAGAAUUUUUCUUUGGAUUGCCUAUUCUCUACAGGUCUUUCAGAAGGAGGGGAGCUGUUGGCCAAAUGGGUAUUGUAAUCUAGACCUAGCAUCCCCAUCGGAAAUGCGCCAACGUAUUCGUCAAAAAAAUGACGGAUCUAUGCCAAGCCAACCUUGGGUCCGAUGCUCCCAGAUAUUGUUUGAAGCCUGGCUCAAAUCACUUGUAGAAGCUCAUCCAUUGAUUAAGUCUUUCUCUGGGAUGAAAUUUGAGCGUCUCACAGAACAUGCGGACCACAUAGAAUCUAUCAUCACGAAUGUCGAUACUGGUGUAGAACAUGCCGUUCAAUCCCAGUAUGUAAUCGGCUGUGAUGGCGCCGGAAGUCGAGUGAGAAAAUCAACGGGCAUCAACCUCACUGGUACUCCGCUUCCCCAGAGAACUUUACUUGUUCACUUCAAGUCGUCCGAUCUAGAAGUUCUGCAUCGUCAGGGUCAAUUCUGGCAUUUGUUCCUGUCCAAGGGGGCUUGUGUCAUCAACCAGGACGAGAAGGAUACCUGGACAAUUCACAUCACCAUGGCACCUGGAAUGGAUGAAGAUACACUGAAUCCUGAGGAAAUGGUGUAUGCGGCUAUGGGAGAUUCGGGAUCACCUCAACGAUUCAAGAUUGACAAAAUCCUGGUAACCAGUGUUUGGAGUGCCAAUCUGUCAGUCGCUGACGACUACUUGACCAAGAGCAAGCGAGUGAUUUUAGCUGGAGAUUCAGAUAUGACAGCUCACCAGAAUAUUCCAUUCGGGGGUUACGGCAUGAACACUGGGCUGGGAGAUGCCUACGACCUCGGCUGGAAAUUAGCAAUGGUUCUUCACAAACAGGGCGGAGAAAAGCUACUCGACUCGUACGAGGUUGAGCGACGUCCUGUUGCGAUUCGAAAUGUCUCCAAGUCAGGCAUCAACGCAGAAGUUCACAUGAAAUACGCUAGCUGGGUCAACGCCGAGCCAGCGGGUACGAUACGCAGUGAGACACCCGCUGGAAGGAAUCUUCGAGAGCGGCUUCGAUCGCACGUUCUCACUGAUGACGGCGAGAAUAAAAAUCUCGGGAUCGAAAUGGGAUAUCGACACUCGAAGUCUCCAGUUAUUGUUCCUGAUGGCAAUCCAAACGACGAGCCAAUUUGGACUGAGAAAGACUACUUUCCUUCAACGUGGCCUGGUGCCCGCGCACCCCAUGUCUAUCUAAAUGACGGAGUGACUCCAAUCUUCGAUCUUCUAGGGUUUGACUUUACACUGGUGGAUUUUACCGGCGAUGGAAGUGUGGGCAAAGAGUUUGCUGUCGUUGCCACUCGGCUGGACAUACCACUUUCUCUACUUCAUCUUCCUAACGAGAAGCAUGCACGACAGAUUUGGGAGCGUGAUAUUGUACUGGUCCGUCCGGAUCACCAUGUUUCUUGGCGAAGCAAUGUCUCCCAGUCACCAAACCAGGUGGAGAUUGAAGACAUUCUUCUGGUUAGUAGUGGAAGGAAGUAA